UUCAAGUGUUCAAGUACGUCCUCGGAGUGGAAGCAUGGCCAUCAUGUUGAGUUUCCAGCUACAAACUCUACGUGAAAAAUAAAAUAGGUUCGCGCUACGACGAAUCACAAAAUGGAACCCCGCAACCUGUGUGUCCCGUGCACCAAGCGCACCGACAAGAGAUGCCAAUUGCUUCAGCACCGAGAAGACAUUAACGAAGUGCUCCUUGGUGCGGGACUAGAACUGUGCGAGGACGUCCGACAGGUCGGUGGCGCCCGCCUGGCAGUGACUCAGCAUUCCGCCUUCAACUACCCACUCUGGGCUCAACCGGACGACCCGGUGAGAAGCUCGGCGUUCAAGCUCGCCAACGAUCUGCUCACUUGUCACUCACGUUGUUUCACUGCCUUGGAAAUAUACUCCACCGUUGGCUGCACCCGCCAGGUGGUAGACGCUCUCAGGAAGAGGUCCGCCUUGAAAAGCUUGACUGUCUACUUAGUGGAUGGCGACCCUCGCCAGGACCACAAUCACCUUGCCGUUUUCGGGCUCGUCGACUGUCUGCCAUCACUCGAAGAGCUCGUCUUCAAAACCGAGAGCGAUCCGCUGUACUCGAUGGUUAAAUUUGGCCAUGGCCAGCUUCUGGGACGCGCUCUCAGAAGUCUCACGACGCUUGAUGUGAGGGCUCUGGAAAUGAGCACAUUUAAUGCGCAGCAGUUGGUCUGGUCGCUCAUAGCAAAACGCACCCUACCCGAUCUAGCUGUCGGAGGCUGCGUGUACAGAGCCGGCUGCAACGGCGCGCCCGGGAAAGUAUUUGCCCAUUACCUGACCACCAGUGCCGCCACCCUGAAGAAGCUAACGCUAAGCGACGGCUCGGUUUGCGAUGACCUCGUUCUCUGGAAGACACUCAUCCCAGCGUUCUGUGAAAUGACCACCUUGGAAGAACUGAAUCUGGACUUAUCCAUCGCAUAUGAAAUCUUCCCCGAAGUGACCGCUCUCUUGGCCGAAGCGGUUCUUCGCUGCCCUAGCCUACGACUCCUCCAGCUACCUCGGCCAGGACAAACCUACCGUGGCCAGUUCCUGAACGGCUGCCGAUCGAUAUUCACGCUAUAAUGUGGCGCAGUGGAUGAAGGCCUGGCUCAAAGCUCUGCGGACGACCUCCAGCUUGCUCGAGCUGCGCCUCAAUUUGCCAGACAUGGACAAAAUGCAGUGUCACACUCUAUUACAAGCUGUCGCUAACAACAAGACAUUGAAGAAGGUGGUACUCCAAGGAGUGCCGCUGAUCACAAAUAACAAGCUCAACGCAGAUCUGAUCGUCCUCUCCAAAACCAUCCAGGAGCUCAGCCUCGGCGACCGCGUUCGCGUCAUGAACCUUUGCGUGACCUUUGGGAACGCGGCCAAGAUAUUGGCAUCCACGAAACCUUCCACCGUGAACUUCGACAACCUCCGCAUCGAAUUCAGCGCCCAACACGACCUGGAACCUUUAAAGGCAUGCUGCGAGGUGCUCUCUCGCCGUGGCACCUCAACGUCAGUCAAUAUCUGCUGCGAUUUGAUGAGUCACGCUGCGUUCAGCACCUUGUUGGAUUGGUUAGCCAAGUCGUCCACGCUGACCCACGUGGAAAUUGUCGCCGAUGAUCACUCAGGGAUAACGGGUUACUGCGGUCGCUGCGUUGUCAUGUACGACCGGGUGGUCCCAGCGCUGGCGAGGAACGCCAACAUCACUAGACUAAGUUUUGUAGGCGUCAAGGUACAAUCGAAACACCUUGACAAGCUCCGUGACUGCGCUCGUAAGCAUCGAAAUCUCAUCGCGAUCAGCCUGGCUCCCAGUUGCAGAGACGUCGACUCGUUCACACCACAUCACAGAAAUUCGCGGAACAUGAAGUUCUACGUGCACGCCAUGAGGGAGCUGCACGGGCUCAUGCUCAAGAACGCCGCUCGAAUAAGUGUGGCGGCCAGGUUCGUGUUGGGCGAGGACAUCCGCAAGGGUGCCAGAGUCAUCGAACGCCUGCACGAGCAUCCUCGGUUGCUGGAACUGGUGCGGGAAGGAGCAUCGGUCACCGACGCCGAGGCCCAGGAGAUGGCCCAGCGAGCCAUGGAGAGGGUGCGGGACUGCAGCCUUCGCGACUACAUGAGGCUCACCGGCGUGAUCAAGGAGAAAGUGGAGCGCCUUGACACCGACUCUAAAGAAGUCCACCUUGUGAACUUGCCGGCAGACUUCUGGCUCCGGGUGCGCCGAUGCCUGAAGAUUACGCACGUUGUUAUCCCGCGCGGAGUCCAAGUCUGCGAGGGGCGCCCCGGGCCCAUGCCCCUCGUGGAAUCUCUGUUUAGUAUGGGACUUGCAUGAGCCCCACCUCCUAAAAGCGAUUGUUGCAACGCCACUCGCUGCCCGUACUGACCUACCUUCUUUCAAUCGGCGCUGCCCUUGUCUAAGUAAGGGAAGCGCGCUUGCCUGUACAACAAACAACGUAUGGACCCACUAACCGAGAAAUAAAAGCA